GAAAUGGAAGGAAUUCUAAAGAGAAGAUAUCCUAAUUCUUUACCUGCUUUAAUAUUGGCUGCAUCAGCAGCCGGUGAUACAGUAGAUAGAAACACAGUGGAAUUUAUGGAAAAAAGAAUUAAAAAACUAGAAGCCGAUCUGGAGGGCAAAGAUGAAGAAGCAAAGAGAAGCCUUCGUACCAUGGAACAAGAGUUUCAGAAAAUGAAGAUUCAGUAUGAACAGAGACUAGAGGAACAGGAGCAGCUGCUUGCCCACAAAUUGAAGGCAGCAUCCCAGAACCAACAUGACAACUCCUCCAGGGUUAAAGCACUGGAGAAAGAACUUCACGACAUUAAGGAAGCCCAUGAAAUCACUGUAAGAAACCUUGAAGCUGAAAUAGACACGUUUAAACAACAGAAUGCUGAGUUAGAACUCAAGAAAAAUAGAGAUGAUAAAGAUUUCCAGUCUAUCGAAUUCCAGGUGGAACAGGCUCAUGCUAAAGCUAAACUGGCAAGACUCAAUGAGGAGCUGGCGGCAAAGGGGAGAGAAAUACAAGACCUUUCGAAAACUGUGGAGAAGCUUCAGAAGGAGAGAAGAAUGAUGCUAUCCAGUCAGCACUCCAAGGGGAGGGAGGAAAUGACUGCAAAAAGGGCAAAGAAGGAAGUUUCGCACGCAGAGGUUUUGCAAGAAAACUGCAGAUUGAAAAAUGAACUGGAGAAAGUAAUCGUGGAGAGGAAUGAGUUGAAGAUGAAAUCUGACAUAGCUAUGAACCAGUUUGAGAAUUCCAUGAAAAGGGUCAAGGAAGACACUGCAGCACACAUCACAUCUCUCAAAGCAUCUCAUCAGAGGGAAAUAGAGAAACUCCUUUGCCAAAACGCAGUAGAAAAUUCCUCUUCCAAAGUAGCUGAAUUAAAUCGUAAAAUAGCAACUCAAGAGGUACUUAUAAAACAUUUCCAAAAUCAAGUUAAUGAGCUACAAGAUAAACAAGAAUCUCUUAUAGUUUCUCAAGUUCGAGAAGAAAUCCUACAGAAAGAGAUUACAAAACUCUUAGAAGAAUUGAGAGAGGCCAAAGAAACCCAUACACCAGAGAUGAAACAUUUCAUGGGCUUAGAAAAGAAAAUUAAACAGAUGGAAAUGAGACAUAAACAACGAGAGCAAGAACUUCAACAGAUAAUACAGCAGACACACCAAGUAGUAGAAACUGAGCAAAACAAAGAAAUUGAGAAAUGGAAAAGACUCGCACAGCUGAAGAAUCGUGAGCUGGACAAGUUCCGCACAGAAUUAGACUCGAUAUUAGAUGUUCUACGAGAGCUGCAGCGGCAGGGGGUGGUGGUGCCCGUUGCCUUUGCGGAGGAAGUGACUGCACCACAGUAUUAGCUAGACCUUCAGACGUCACAGGACCUCCCGGAAGGGCCUGAGGCGUGGUGGCUGGGAUCGGGCCUCGUCAGAGAAGGCUGUUGAAAACAAGUUCCAGGAUGUUCCCAGAAAACAACACAAAAGCAACAUUUCAAAAUAAAUUGCUCUUAACCAAUAAGAAAAAAAAAAGAAGCAUUGGAGCAUAUUUUACUGAAAAUCUUUAACCAGUCACGUUUUACAUAAUUUACGGACAAGUCUCUUUAUGUCAGGUGAUUAGAAUUAGUGAAUUUCAUAGUAAAAGUCCUCACUUAUACGCUAGAUGUGAAAAGAAAAGAAAAUUGCAUCCACUCUGCCAUUAAGUGCCAGAAAAGCAGCUCCUCUUUCUCAUGGAAACGCAGGGAGGAGGUGAGCACAGUGGCUGGCACAACCACACCGCCAGUCACCGAGCAGGAGAGUUUCUGCCAUAACUUGAACAAGAAUCAUAAUUUCCGUGUAGUAGAUAGUGAACUAUCUUCUGUCACCCAGAUUUCCACUCGCACCUCUAUGUGCCUCAUUUUUGUCACUUGCUAUAAGUGCAAAAUCUAUAUACAAGUAAUAGGGGGGUUUGGUUUAAUGGUUUUAUGCCAUGUCUUAAGUGCCAGUCCAUUUUUUGAACUCUAAGAUUGUAGACAGAACAUAACAUUUUUACUUUUUCUAUUUAAAAGGUAAUAUAUGUUCAUUAGAAAAAAACUAAAAGCUUGCACAAAAGCAGCCAGAUUGUUAUUUUACUUUGCAAUUCCCAUUUCCAGAAGCAGAUAGUGAGUAUAUGAUAUUGGUCAGUUAAAGCUAUAGCCGCUUUGUUUUCAGAUGUUCUAGCCCAGCACUGUCCAACUGAAGUAUAAUUAAUGUGAGCCACGUAUAAUUUUUAUUUUAUUGUAGCCACAUUUAAAAAUAUUUUUAAAUGAAAUUAAUUUUGGAAAUUUAUAUAAUAUAUUCAAAAUGUGAAUAUAAAAGUUGAGUUUUUACAUUAUUUUUUCAUACUAACUCUCCAAAUUCUGGUAUAUUUUACAUUUAUAAACACAUCUCACCUUGGACUAGCCACAUUCCAAGUGCUCAAUAACCACAGGUUAAUAAAUGCAAUUCUAGAAUAAUAAUCACAAUGUGAAGCACUGUAUAAAGGACACGUGAAAUAGGUCUUGGUGGAAUUAUGGAUAGCAAAUGUGAAAUGUGGAAAUUAAUGUCAAUGUUCAGCAUUUUUUAAUGUCCUUUUCCUAAGAGGGUAGAAAAAGUAUUAUAACUUGCUAUUUUUUUAUG